AUGCUACCACCACACAGAAGAACUCCCGAGGCCCUUGUUCUGCCUCGAGAGGUGACAUCUCUCGCUGAACACACGCCUCCAAUGUGCGGUACGCCGAGCGCAGACUCCAACUCGGCCACCUCGCACCUUCUUCGACCAGGAUCCGAAACUGAAGCCGUGGCGCACUUCGAUCUGGUCAUCAUUGGUGGUGGUCCGGCGGCCCUCGCCGUGGUCUCUCGUAUCCUCGAAUCGCGACCCGCAGCGCUGUACACCGAAGACGAGCAUCGUCACCUUCACUUUGUCCAUCGCCAACGGACGCGCUCGUUCGUUCCCAAGAAGAGCCACAAGUCGACCCGAUCCGAUGCAAAGCCAGAGCGUAGUGUCCUGGACGACGAUGAUGCAGCCUGCGCGUGUGAAGGACGUUUCAAGAUCCUCGUCAUCGACCGAUGCGGCGAGGGCUUCAUGGGGCUGUGGAAGCGUAACUUCAAUGCGCUUGGCAUCAGUCAUCUGCGUUCCCCGAUGUUCUUCCAUCCGGACGCGAGCGACUUUGAUGCCCUGCUCGCACAUGCAAAUCAGACGGAACGCGCUGACGAGGGCACACCGGACCAGCUCAUUGACCAGAUGGAGUCUCGCGUCGCGGCAGGCCGGGUCGCAGGGCAGGAGGCAAAGAGGCGCAGCAAGCGUUCCACCAGCGUGCUCUCUGAUCGAGCACACGCAUCUCUGCCCCAUCUCAUCGAAAUACCCAGUGUGGUCGGGCGGGAAAAGUCCAAGCACAAGCGAAAGCAGCAACAGCAAUUGCUUGGCAAAUCCGGCCCUGCCAGCGUUCAUGUCAACGAGCGCGACCGACGCGAUUACUUCACCCCCAGCUCGGCACUGUUCAACUCCUUCAUUCGCAGGCUGCAGGAGAAGUACGGCCUGAACACGGCGUCUGUCUGGCCAGGCAUACAUCAUUACUUCAACGCAAGUGCAAGCGGCACCCAAGAGCCCCAGCAGGAACAGCCGGUCACGACGCUACGCGGAAGUAUCAAGGAUCUCGUGUGGCUCGAUGGCGUCCAGCGCUGCGUCGACGACGGUCUUGGCAACCACCAAGCCGGCUUUCUUCUUGAGCUGGAAGACAAUGACCCUGUGAAGAAUGGCAAUGUUGUCGUCUCGGCAAAAGCUGUCGUCAGUGCCGUAGGCGCAGGUGGUAAGCCGAGCAUCCCAUCCUUCCUCACUCAAGCCAACAAUGCGGGCGACUCUGGCAGCGGCUCGACAAAGAGUGCGGCAAGUGCGCCGAGGGGCAAGGGAUGGAUGCAUUCUGGCUGUCUCGCCUGGGAACCGUUCCCUACACCACAUCCAGGGCAUCGAAGUACCAUGGUGGUUGUCGGAGGAGGCUUGACCUCUGCUCAACUGGUCGUCCGUGCGCUCGAAUCCGGAUACGAUCGCGUGAUCCUGCUUGUUCGAGGCCAUCUCAAGAGCAAGCCCUUCGACGUGGAUCUCGGAUGGGUUGGACGAUACAGCAAUUAUCUGCGCAUGCAGUUUUGGCAAAGUGACAGUGUCGACGAGCGGGUCAAUAUCCUGCGAACCGCGCGCAACGGCGGCAGUGUCACGCCGACCUACGCCAAGCUGCUAUCCCGACUCGAAGCGCUUGGCAAGCUCGAGAUACGAACGCACACCACCGUGGCAUCAGCGACCUAUGACCAAGACUGGACACUAAAUCUGCGGACAGCCCAUGGAGUGCAGGAGAUUCGUGCCGACUACGUGAUUGCUGCCACGGGUGCCGAGACCAACUUUCGGAAUCUAACCUUCCUGUCCACGUUGCAGCGCACACACCCCGUGUCGGUUGUGGCAGGGAUGCCGCUGGUUACGGCUGAUCUCGAGUACCGCCGUGAUGUGCCGCUGUUCGUCACGGGCGCCUAUGCCGCACUCCAGAUCGGUCCCGGUGCGGGCAACUUGGGAAUGAUGAGAGACUCGGCCGAUCGCAUCGCCAAUCGCCUCGUCCAACUCAUCGAUCCACCCCAAGCCCAACCUGCGCGUAGCCAGACGACGGCCCGAUCCCAAAUCGAAGCCGCCGCGCCAACGCAUUUCAACUUUGACCUUCUCUCCAUCGAGGCAUAG